CUUACGUCAAGAGCUAGGUAGUCUAGUUAGUUCAAUAGCAAAUUUUGAACUCGAACCACCUCCAUUGAAAGUGAGACAUCACAAGAGCUUCACUGUAAUUGUUGGCCAACGGAAUUUCACGUACCGGUAGCUAUUUCCCACCAAAUCCGUACAGUACCUACAGAGGUCCCUUUAGUUAUCGACAGAUUGACUGCGCGUUUAUUGAUCCUUCCAAUCAAACUUGGCCCACCGCAUUGCCCACUAUAUUACUUCGUAACUCGAGCAAGAGGUGGCCUGACUAUUUCUGGUCUGUUCUGUUCUGUUCCGCAUCCACUCGUCACUCUUUGGUGUCUACAGCAACCAUCAUCAACCACAAUGUCUUCCUCACCUUCACCCUCAACCAUCAAGGCCGUGCAGGUCGCGUCGCUCUUCACCAUCGCGGCAUCCAGCGGCGCCAAGCUCGGCCUUUCAAUCUUCGCGGUGCCCCGGCUCCUCGAGUCGCCGGGCCCGCUGAUGCUCCAGCAAUGGGACAGGAUGUUCGUGUCGGGCCGCGCCAUCCUGCCCGCCGCCGACGUGCUCUCGGCCCUGGGCUUUUCGUACCUGGCCUACUCGCGCGUCUUUGGCGAGCGGACCGCAAAGAUGUACGCCCUCGCCGCCGCCCUCUCGGUCGGCAUCGUCCCGUACACAUUUCUGGUCAUGUCGAGAACCAACAACAAGCUGCGUCGCCGCGCCGAGCUUACCAAGUCCAUGUCCAUCACGGACGAGUCGCUGGAGUCGGCCGAAGUGCGCGAAGGUGACAAGUUCCUCGUCGACCACUGGGGUGUGCUGAACCUCGGCCGCACUGCCAUGUUGGCCGCCGCGGGUCUGAUUGGUCUUUAUGCCUCGCUGUGAUUUUCCGGCUAUUUCAACAAUUUGCCGCUAGUCUUGAUCAGACAUUUGACGGCUGUACGGGGCGGUAUAAAACAAGAUUCAAGGCCGUCUCUAGGGAUCUGGGUUCAUGAGCUCAAAAGCUGCAAUUGGGUGUCAAGUGUACGAACUGCGUCUGUGCAUGUCCGCCUUGCACUUGCGGCUGAAUUGUGAUGCACACAUUCGGUUUUGUAUAGUCUGGAUGGACCGAGUUUGUCCCUACUCCUCUCAGAAUUGAGAUGCGAUGUAUUGUUAUGAUUUGGAAUUUUUGGCUUGACUUGUACCAACCAAGUACGACUGAUAUAUGAAA